AUGGCGUCUUCCCCCCCCAACUCCCCACCUCGUCCCCUUCCCCAUCCCCACUCCCCACCCCUCGUCCCUAGCCACAACACCGCCACAACGCCGCACCAACACGCCCCACAAACUCGUGUUAAAACGCCAUGCAAACAAGUUGGAGGAGUAGGAGGCAAGACCUGGUGGAGCUUAGUCAAGGAGCGCCAAGGAGCUAAACACCAAGACGCCAUCCCUCCACUCCUCAGGCCUGACGGUUCCACUGCCACAAGCAGCUGGGACAAGGCCUCACUCCUGGCUACAAGCUUCAGCAACAAGAUGAGGGUUGGAGACCCGGGAAGACAAGCGCCUCACCUGCCACUGGAGACUCAAAGCACCAUCACCCUGGUCUCAGUGACAGCUGGACAAGUUGAGAGGCUCCUGAGAGCAGUGGAAGUGGGUAAAGCCACCGGCCCGGACGACGUCAGCCCACACCUCCUUAAGAACUGUGCUAAGGAGCUGUCAGGUCCUCUCUCCAACGUCUUUACGACCUGCCUGAGGGAAAAAAAUGGCCCUCAAUGUGGAAAGAGGCACGAGUCGUUCCGGUCCACAAGAAGAGCUCGCGGUCUGUACCCAGCAACUACAGGCCGAUCUCCUGCUCUCUGUGGUGGGCAAGAGAGACAGUUUGGCUUCAGGCCAGGCCGGUCCACCUCCGACCUACUCCUGCUCCUCACCAAAGACUGGCAAAACGCCCUGGACGAGGGCCUGGACACGCUUGUGGUAGCCCUGGAUAUAGCUGGAGCCUUUGAUAGGGUCUGGCACGCGGGACUUCUUGAAAAGCUCCGUGCCAAGGGGUUCAGUGCUGGGCCCAAUCCUGUGGAACAUCUAUAUCGACGACCUGCUCCGAAAACUACCGACAGUGGAAGCAUAUGCGGACGACUGCACCUCUCCCGGUCCUACUGCCGCCUUGAUAGCCAGAGCGCUGUCCGGCAGCUAAACAAGCAGCUACGGCUGGUGGAGCAAUGGGGAGAAACGUGGCAAGUCUCCUUUGCACCUGAGAAGACGCAGGCGAUGGUCAUCUCGCGGUCGCCAGGAGCCUCCAGAGCGGUCUCAGAGCAACUGUGCUUUGGAGGCAAGGCUCUGUCUCUCCAGGACCACAUCAAGGUCUUAGGGGUGACGGUGGACCGCUGCCUGCGCUUCGACGGCCAUGUAGGUGCAGUCACCCGACAGGCGUCUCUAAGAGUCUCUGCCCUGCGGAGGGUGGCGGGAACGCUUGACCCACACGGCAUCAUCACGCUAUACAAGGCGCAGAUACGUCCGUGCCUGGAGUACGGCUGCCUGUCGUGGAUGUCAAGUGCCGCCACCCACAUGCAGAGACUUGACAAGGUGCAGCGACGAGCUCUACGUCUGGCGGGAUACGACGCACACCAGGACGACCUGCCGCCACACACCCCCGUCACGUCGUUGGAGCACCGGCGUGAUGUGGCAGCGCUGGUGGUGUGCCACAAAACUCAGGUGCAAGGAGUACCGCACCUCCGACGCCUGGGACUUCCACCACGCGCUGCCCAGAGGCCCACGCGAGCUGCUGCCACCAGUGAGCAGACUGUGGAGGUGCCCUUCUCCAACACACGGCAGCACCAACGAACAUACAGUGCCCGGACCUCAAGGAUGUGGAAUGCAUUCACCACAACCACACCCCAGCACAGAGUGAAUCAUGAGGGGGCCAGCGACCACGCCCUCACCCCUCCAUAA